GGGUAUUGUCGGUGGUUUUUCUGGCCGGUUCUUGCGGUCGUGAAGGCAUGUCGAUAAUCGGCUCAGUAAUGAGGAGAGGCACUGAACGGCACCAAAUAUCUGACCCCGAUUUCUGGGAGUAAGGAGAGGUAGAGAGAGGAGAGGGAGAGAGAGAGAGAGAGUGAGAGAGAGAGAGAGAGAGAGAGAGAGAGAGAGAGAGAGAGAGAGAGAGAGAGAGAGAGAGAGGGCCAUGUGAAAAAGGGGUGGAGGGGAGUUGAGAUUUAGUGCUCUGCUGGAUGAAACAACCCCCCACUAACUAACGGAGAGGGAAAGUAGCCUAAUAGGAAGAAAGGAGGGGGGUGUUGUACUGUUCAUUAAACACUCAAAGACGCGCAGGAAGCUUUUAUCGUUUCCAACAAUGAGCUCAGAAAAGAGGAUCUGUGUCUACUCUAAAGCCUAGGACCCUGAACAACAACAGGAGGAGACCAUACAAACGUACAUAGUGGCAGCACAUAUACGCGAGAGAGGAAAAAUGUCUCGAACCGAAGAGGUCAACAAGAUGACAGAAAAUGUGUACAAGGGGAUUUUGGACCAGUUCAACCCCAGUCUGAAGAACUUCGUGACCAUGGGGAAACACUAUGAGAAAGCUCUGACAGGAGUAACCGUGGCUGCCAAGGGGUACUUUGAUGCCCUGGUGAAACUUGGAGAACUGGCGAGUGACAGCCAAGGCUCCAAAGAGCUGGGGGACACACUGUUUCAGAUGGCCGAGGUACACAGACAGAUUCAGGUGCAGCUGGAAGACGUGCUGAAACUGUUUCACUCUGAGCUGCUCGCCCAGUUGGAGCAGAAACUGGAGCUGGACAUCAAAUACCUCACUGCCACUUUAAAGAAGUACCAGAGUGAGCGGAGAUCUAAAUCUGAGUCUAUCGAGCGCUGCCAGUCGCAGCUCAAGAAGCUGCGCAGGAAGAGUCAGGGCAGUCGUCACCCCAACAAAUAUGGAGACAGAGAGAUGCAGUUUGUGGAGUUGAUGAGUCGUCGCCAAGGCGAGCUGGACGUGCUGGUCGCCACAGGUUACAGGUCAGCGCUCACUGAGGAGAGGAGACGAUACUGCUUCCUGGUGGACAGACAGUGUUGUGUCACCAAACUGCUCAUCAACUACCACUCCAAGGUGAGAGAGCUUCUGUCGCAGAAACUGUCAUCUUGGCAGCAGUCAUGUUCUCAGCCGACAAAACUCCCAGAGCGCGCUCUGAAUCUGCUGCGUCACACUGCGCCUCAAAGCUCAGGGGCUGCUGGGAUAGCCGAGGUUCUCCGGCACACCAAGCUCGGCUCUGCUCAGCCAGAACAGAGGCUCUCUGUUCAGGAAGUCCCUCCUCUGUUGAACGGAGACUCCAGUCGCUCCCAGCAGCAGCAGCGCUCACUCCCCUCCACCUCUCAGAGUGACACCUGUCCUCCUCAGGGUUCCCCCCAGACUUUCCGCACUGCGUCAUCUACUGGAGGAGCUGCUGGAGGUUCUUCACGAGGAGCUUCUCCUCAGCACACCAGCACACCCCUCAGUGCAUCAGCCAGCCCCCUCCCUGACAGCAGCGCCAGCGGCAGCGUCAGCAUCAGCCCGGCUGCAUCCACUCCCUCCACGUCCAGUGGCUCGGCCCAGCAGAGCUCUCUCCUCUUGGCCGCCAACACGUCCAACCUUUCCCCGAGCCUCAUCCCCUCCACUGUGAUGUCGCUCAGCCAGAUCUCCCCUACCAGCAGCUCCUUGCAUGGCAUGACCCUCCCCAUCGCUCACAGUGCUCCGCACAGUGCUCCUCACAGUCCUCCGCUGCCUCACAGCGCGCCUCUCUCCAGGGCCAUGACUCCUGUGCAGCUCCUGCACCAGCAGGUGGGACCAGGAGGGAGCAACACUUCAUCACCAACACAUAAUCCCUGGCUGUUGAAGUCUGCAGACAUGUGCUCUACAGCAACACUCCCCCUGCCGAGGAGACCUGUCAGUGAAAUGAGGCUGGGUGGCUUUCAGGGCUCCAGUCUUCCCAGGAUGCUGCCCUUAUCUGGACCUACACGUGUGGAAGCCAUGUUUCCUCACGCUCCAGGAGCAUCGGAGGGCGGAGGAGUAGGGGGUGGGGCUUGCUUACUGCACUUCCAGCCUGGAGACAACAUCGCCCUGCUCAUCUCUGAGCCCAGAGAUGGGUGGCACUAUGGUCAAAAUGAACGGACUGGACGGAAAGGCUGGUUCCCUUUCUCCUACACUCAGCCACAACACAGCAAGAUGGAUCACCUCGAGAGCUCUCUCUUCUUAUCUAAAGCUAACAGCACCAGUACCGGCCAGCUCGACAAGCUGGUGUCUACAGGUCUCCCAGCCCUCACCCCUGAGUCAGAGGAGGAGCGCUCCCUUCCUCCCCAGAGGGUCAGCACCUUCCGCCCGCGCCCGUACAGCAUGGCCGACAGCAACAAGAUCACCUCAGAACUGACCUCUCCACCAUCCUCCCCAACCAGGCCCAAUCCAUUUGCCCAUGUACGACUCAGAAAAACUGUGACCAACGAUCGCUCAGCUCCUAUUAUUGAGUAAGUGGUUGAUUCCCACAGCAGCGAUCCGGUUUCCUGUUCUCUGUCAGUCCUCUGUCAAGCCUCAGGUUGAGUCCUGGAAGCGGCACAUUGGCUCAUGUUGACUCUUUUGAAUAGUACUUUACUUAUAUUUUUUUUGCAGUUUAAUCAAAUACAGAUCGUGUUUCAUGUGCAGGAUUAGAACAUUUUAAAAUCAAAGUAUAAAAGGGUUCAUGUGUAAAGCAUGUUAAAUAUGAUCACUGUCCAUUCACUGUUUAAGUAGUAGUUAACGCGAGAACGUAGGACCACUGUGAUAUCUGAAAAUUCUGUCUGAGUGAAAUGUGGGCAGUAAAAUAAAAUCUAGGCUAGUUUUUAUGAAACAGAAGUAUGAUGUUUGGCUGUGCUUAUCUUGUAUCUGUAUCUUGCUCGUUCAGAAUAACUAACAUUUUUAGGUUGGUCUCAGCCGGUGAAGGAGACCUCUUGUUUCUCUUACUGUUUUACAGUGCAAUUUUUUUCUUGACAUAACCUUUAAUGUAGUUUUUUGUUGUUUUGUGCCAUAUUCAGAAAACCAUUCUUUGUUCAGCUGAUUUAGGGACUGGCUCCUAAUAGCGGGUUGUUAACUUUCACCUGGACUGUAAUGAAGUGUUAUGGGAAGAGGACAGGCUCCUACUCUAAAAGUGCUAUUACAAUAUUAUAUUUUUUAGAGAAGCUGCCAGAUAGUUGCAUUCUCUUGGUUUCAAUGAAGGUGAACUUUUAAAUUUAUACAUGUCUUUUGUAUUUUAAAACUUGCUUGUCUGGCUGAGAGAGACUUGGCAUAUUUUAAUGAAAUUGGCACACUGAGUUAUUUUUGUGCCAUUUUUACUUUAAAUUUACUGAACAAUAGCAAUGCUGUGUGUACAAGUCCUUGUCAGUUAUAUCUUAUGUUUAUGACAUUUAACACAACACAUUCUGCUGCUGUGAAGUUACACAUUGCUACUUUAUGAAUGUAGAUUUUUGGAUUAGUUUAACUCUUUGCCUGACCUCAAAAUAUAAUGUAAAAACACACUCUACCUUAAAUACGAUCAUUCAAAUGAGGCUUGUUCAUUUCCCAGUGAGUGAAAAAAAAGUUCUUAUUUAACACAGAGCAACUCCUACAAAACAAAGAGACAGAAAAGCUCAUUAGCUUCACAGACACAAACUGUGACAGUUAAUAGUUGAACGAUUGGACGGUGUUAUUAUUGAAAGAGGUGUGUUUUUUAGAAAGUAGCAUGCGGAUGGUUCAAAGGCUUAAGAGUGACAGAUUUGCUUAGUCUUUGGAUUUGAUAUCUUCUUGAUUCCUUUUCAGUCCCAAAUCUAAAGCUAUUCAACAUCUAGGCUAGUCCAUAUUAGUUGUAUGUUCACCAGCCAGACUGAGCAGAAUCUUUAAGAGAGAUGUGAAAGCCGAGACAGACGAGACGGUAGGAGUUUUAUGGGGGAUAUGUAUCUUUGAAAGUGAUGAAGAAAGCAUUCAGGAAGUUGACCAAUGUCUGAGCAAGUGUUCAUGGUAAACUAGAAAUAUCCAAAGUAGUAUUCUGUAGCUCUGUAGUGGCCUCCAGCAAAGUGGUGAAAUUUUGCAUCUAUGGAAACUGAAAUGCUUGUUUUCCAGUUGUAACUGCCUGGAGUUGCUGUGACAUUUUAACACCUUUAAGAUUCAAGAGAUCACCCACAAGGUGUUGUAGGAAAUCAUCUCUAACAUCGGAUAUAUUGCUUUGAGUAGUAUGUCAUCAUUAGUAAAGGUGACAGAAAAAUGAUAGAGCUAAUGCUUAUCCAUGCUUGUAAAUAGUGCGUAAAACAGUGCGAUUGUAUGACUUUUAUUUGACUUGUUAUAAUAUUUCACUUUGGCAGAACAUUUUGACUUUGUAGAAGCUGUAGAAGCGAUAUAACUCCAAUACUGGAAAUUGUGAAUUAGCUUUCUCUCCUACUCUGACCGAACAGGAAAUAAGACCUCUUUCAUAAUGACACAGUGAAAAUAUAGAAUGACAUAUUCACCUACUUAGGUUUGAAUGUGCUGCGAAUAUAGAUUCAUCUAGACUUAAAUCUUUGAAUAAAACUUACAAUGUAAUGUGCACUGAGUUUGGUGAAACAGUGAGGUAUAUGAGAAAACAAAUAUUUUUGCCUGUAGAGUACUUUAAAAAGUGUAAAAAAAUAAAAAGUUGUUGAAAUGAGUAAUGUAGAAAAAUAACAUAGUAUACAAUAUGUGCAACAUAGAAAUAUAUUUGAAGUGUGAGAUAUGUUAUAAGGAAAAUAUGGGAAGUUUAUUAAAAAUAUAAAUGUUAUAAAUAUCUAACAAGAAAUGUAUGGCAAAAUGAAUACACACAUUUACAGCAAGUCUACAGGACCUUGUAUGUGUGUACAGAAAAGUUUAUAUGCAGUCUGUGCAUUGUCAUCCAUCAUCGUACAUAACCUACAGCAGAAUGCUAAUGUGGAAAAAACAUGUUUGUUUUUUGUGGGAACAGGAAUUUAUCCAAAGUUCAAAACUCUUCUUCCAAAGUGAAAUAUUGUUUAAACAUUGCACACCAACUUUACACAGCUCCUUGUUUCUUUAAAACAAAAUGCAGCAAUUUAAGCAGACUGUCAGGCUGUUCUCUGAACUGCAUCAAAAUGAAAUCCGGGUGACUGCAGAAGAUAUUUUAUUAUGAUGAUGAUGAUGAAUACUGCUGAGGAAGACAUUCUUUACCUGAAAUACUGAAUAUUGACAUGUUGUGAAAUAAAACUUCUAUAAAAGA